AUGAUCCCUUCUAUAGUAGCUCAAACAGUAGAGGCUCUUCGUCAGACAAAUGUAGUACCUCCUAUAAAUACUGAAUCUGGAGUUCAAGGUCAAGAAAUUAAUCAGUCUGAAAUUCAUGUUUGGCUCGAGCGUUUUAAUAAACUAAAACCCCGAAUAUUUUCUUCUGUCACUAAUCCUAUAGAUGCAGAGAAUUGGAUCCGAUAUUUGGAGAAAAUUUUCAAGGUUCUAGGUUGUCAAGAGCAGUAUAAAGUAAAGUUGGCUUCAUAUAAAAUCGAGGACGAUGCCCAUAUCUGGUGGGAGUCUUGGACUCAAAGCAAUCCAAUAGCUGAAACUCUCACUUGGAAUCAGUUUAAAGAAAUUUUCUUCCAAUAUUGCUUCACAACAGCCGACAAGGAUGUGUAUAUCCGGGAGUACACUACUAUUCAACAACAGAAGAAUGAAUCCAUUGUCGAUUAUCAUAUUCGAUUUCUACGAUUAGCACGGUUUGCCGGAAUCACGACAGUAACUACACAACACCAGGUUGACAAGUUCAAGUGGACUCUUAGCCAUCGAUACAAAACUCAAAUUUUGAACCAUCAAUUCACUUCAGUUAGUCAGGUUGCAGACGCAGCGAGAAACAUUGAUCGGGCUCGACAAAAAAGUUAUACUUUGAAAUCAGAUUCUAGAAAGAAACGUGGUCGUGAUGUGCGAUUCAGUAGUACAGAUAUCAGAUCUCCGGGUCGCUUAGUCUCAGGAAAAUCUUCUAAUUUUAGAGCACCAGUAUCUUCUCAAGAAGCAUCUAGUAAAGACUCCUUUAAUACCAAACCUCCCCAGAAGUGCAAAGAAUGCGGUAUUACACUUCGACCAGGUUCGUAUCAACGAAUGACCGCGGCAUGUUACCGUUGCGGACAGAAAGGACAUUUGGCCCGAGACUGUAAACAGGGUCAGAAAGACAAGGUGACUGAGAAAGGAAAGCAGUCUACAACUGGUGGAUGGGUUUUUGCUUUGCAUGCUGACAAAUCUUCUGCAGGUAUGGUAUCUGGUACGCUUAGUUUAUGUGUAAUAUCUGUGUAUGUACUAUUUGAUACGGGUGCAACUCACUCAAUUGUGUCCAAUACUUUAGAGGACCAUUUGAGACCUUUUGAGAAUUUAACCGAGACUCCACUGCAUAUUACUACUCCAAUGGGUAAUUCGGUUUGCAUUUUGUCUGAAUUUGUAAAUUUUCCUCUUCUAAUAGCCGAUUGUGUCCGGGAAGUGAAUCUACUUCCUAUGUAUAUGAAAUAUUUUGAUCUCAUUAUUGGCAUGGAUUGGUUGUCCAAACAUCGAUCAACCAUUGAAUGCGAUACGAAGAGAGUCAUCUUCAGAGAUUUGAGCCAACCUGAUAGCAUCUAUCAGGAAGUUGAACCAAAGCAGGGAACCAGAGUCGUAUCUUCUUUUUCAAUUGGAUAUUUUGCAUGGCAAGGAUCUGAAGGCUUCUUUGCAGCACUACAAGACCCCGAUGAGGUACCGCUUGAACUUAGAUCUAUUCUUGUAGUGAAUGAAUUUUCCAACGUGUUUCCGGAUGAAAUUCCUGGACUACCUCCUCUAGAGAAUUGGAUUUCACCAUUGACUUAA